AUAAUUCUAAACUUCUUCACAGUUAUCAAAUACGCGAGGGCGAUUCGAUAAAUAUCGACGUGACGAGCCCUGGGGCAACGAUAGCUUUAGGACUAAUGUAUUUUAAUACCGGAAAUCGUGCAGUGGCCGAAUGGAUGCAAGCCCCCGACACGGAGUAUCUGUUAGAGUUUGUCAGGCCGGAUUUCCUUCUGUUGAGAGUGCUCGCCAAGUCGUUGAUUCUGUGGGAAGACAUACAGCCGACGAAGUCGUGGGUCUCUAGUCAUGUACCUCAUAUAGUUUAUAAAUACCGAUUGCAGAAACCUGCGUCAGAAUCCACGCCAGAUGUAGAUCUGGAAACUAUUAACCAGGCCUAUUGCAACAUUAUAGCCGGUGCCUGUAUGGCUCUGGGGUUACGUUACGCGGGUACUGCUAAUAAAAAUGCCUUCAAGACUCUGUACAAUUACGCUCAGAUGUUCACGGCGCUGUCACAUAAAACUAUAGCCGAACUGGCCGGUAAAUCGACCGUCGAAACGUGCCUAAACGUUGUCCUACUUUCGACCGCAGUGGUAAUGGCGGGUACCGGCAACUUAGACGUAAUGCGAAUAUGCAGGCACAUACGCACCCGUGUGGGACCUGCGAGCAGCGUUGUCACGUACGGCUCUCAUUUGGCAACGCACAUGGCCCUCGGCCUCCUUUUCCUAGGUGGAGGGAGAUACAAUCUUUCGAACAGUCCGAACGCGGUGGCGGCUCUUAUUAUUUCGCUCUUCCCAAAAUUCCCGACUCACAGCAACGACAAUAGGUUUGUAGAGCCCCUUCUACAACGUCCGUGAAAAUAUGCAAUAAGACGUAAGCAGNAGUAAGCUAAUUGACCAAUUGGAUUUUUGCGAUCCAAGAACAGUCGACUGUAGUUGGUCAAUUUGCUUACUGCUUAUGUCUUACUGCGUAAUUUCACAGACGUUAUAAACUUGGUCUAUAAUGGGCGGUAGGAAUAUGUUUAUAAGAAAUGAAAGUAAGAAAUCAACCAAUCAUGGUCGAUUAUUCUCCUUAUAUUCGAAUAUGAUUGGCCAGUUUCUUAUUCUUAUUUCUUAUGAAUAUACUUCUACUGCCCAUUGUAGACUACGCUUUACAGACGUUAUAGAAGGAGCUUUGCAUGUACUU